AUGGGACGCAGAAAAAUUGAAGUCCAAAAAAUUGAAGAUAAAAAUAAAUGUGUGGCCACUUUUCGCAAGCGUCGAGAUGGUUUAUUUAAGAAAGCGCUUGAACUACAUCGUCUGACUGGAGCGGAAAUUACACUGAGUUUAGUAUACAACAAAUCAAGAUAUUACUUCAGCUCACAUGGUGAUACAGAUGAUGGAGAUGUAAUUAACAAUUUUCACUACACUAAACAUUUUCAGUUCAAGGCAUGUGGAUCUCAUUUGCCACACGGUUGCAAUGAAACUAAUUGUUCAUCCAAGUUAUCAAAUAAUAAUCAUUCAAGUCAAAAAAAUGAAACAUCUAUUAAACGGAAUUCAUUCCCAUUGAUGAAUUCCGCUAACAACUGUACAAGAUAUAAAUAUAAAAGUACAAAGUUAACUAGUGAAGAGAGAUUGGCUAAUUUACGAUAUUUAAUUGUUGAUGAGUUAUUUAAACAGGCACUUACACGAUUUCGUUCUUUAACCAAAGUAACCAGUUUAAAUAAGAAACAGACAAUAAUUAGUCCCUGUUAUAAUAGUAGUGGUAGUUGGACUAUGUUAAGUCCAUCAAGUAUUAUUCCUAGUUAUGAAGUUUCAUCAUCUCAUCUGGUAGAUCAAUCAGAAAAGGUUUCUAAUGAUGAAAAUAUUUUGUCGAUAGUUCAAACGCACACAAAUUCACCAUUAUUUGAAUCCAAUUAUCAAUCAUUACAAUUUAUUUAUUCACCAAAUAAUUUAUCAUAUUCAUCAUCAAUGAAUACUACUACAGAUCAACAAUUAUCAAAAGAAUUUAAUUCAAGUCCAUUAAGUCAAAUUCUAGAGUUUAUUGAUGAUAAUAUUAAUACUACUACUAAUACUAAUACUAAUACUACUGAUAAUAUCAGUCAUGACAAUGACGAGUCCGAGGUAGACCACAACAACAAUAAUAAUAAUGAAAAACAAUAUUUGGAUUUAGAUAAUGAUACUUCACAACUAUCAUAUGUUACUGAAUUACAAACACCAAAUAUGAUAUGUUAUUUAGAUGAACCAAUCAAUUAUUAUUCAUCAAUAGAUGAUAACCCAUUAUUGAUUGAAGAGAGCACAAAUUGA